AUGCCGGAUGCAAUCAGAGCCAACGGUGUCUUCUACACGUCUCUUCCACUUAUCGGGAUAUAUCUAUUUGUAUUUUUCGGACUUGGGGCGGAGGCGAGGAAGAUGCAUCGAGAUAACAUCAAAUGGCUCGCACAAUUGCUCGGCUGGAGACAGCAUGGAAAAGAGGAAUCGGGGGAUACAGAUACAUCACAGUCAUACAAUUCCUUCUCUUCCCAAACAAAGAAGCUUUCAGCCACCUUCAAGCAGGUAUUUUCAUCGAAUCGCAGCAGAGGGGUGACUAUCGUUCCCUUUCAGAUCAAAAGCGACAUUUCACCGGGAUGCCUAGAGAAGGGAGUCCUCGAUAUUCGUCUUACUACACCAGACCAAACCAAUGCGAAUUACCCACCACGACACUCUAAGCAUAAGACGCUACUUCAUCCUCCCUCUCCGCCAUCUGAUACUUCUAUUGAAGAAGGGGACACCGAACCGCACAAUGCGACCGACUUCUUAGGGAGCCAAAGAGCAUCAUUCCUUCCACGUUUUUCCAUGGAUUCCACCAAUGACAUUGUGGAAACUAAAUUGCAUUCCCUACCACGUCCACAAUGUAAACCACCACUCCCCCCACCAAGCCAAUCCACCAAUUCUGUCGAUAAUACGAAUAUGGAACAGAGUCACCCGCAGCUCGCUCCUUUACCAGUUCCUCCUCCAGCCUACUCAUCCACGACCUUCCCAAGAGCGCGCCAGUCCUGGAUAUAG